AUAAUAAAAGAAAGAAAAAUAGGGGAAGGUUUGCAAAUAAAUCAAAACUUUGGUGUUUCAUCACGCAAAAGAUCUCCAGGGAUUAGGGUUUGUCAAGACAAUCGGCACUACGGGCAGGACGAUUCGUAUACCUCUUCAGGUUAUGCAUUUGGAAUGGAGAAGAAACUCAAAGAAGAAAACCCAGAUUCUCCAAUGUCUGGAAUCUACGAGAUACCUGGUGAACCUGCAUUGGUUAUCAAUGGGGUGCCUCCUCUAUGCACCGGUAAUGAUGGUAGUCUUUUUCACUGUGACGUUGUGAGUAACAUAGAUUCAAAACUGAACGAGCCGUUGGGUGACUGGUUGGAUGGCAGAGAAGUUAGAAAGGUAUUUGGGGGGAGGGUCUACAAUGGGAAAGUUAGCAAGUUUGACAAAGAGUCGGGUUGGUAUAGAGUGGUUUACGAGGAUGGGGAUUUUGAAGAUCUUGAAUGGCAUGAGUUGCGAGAAGUGCUUCUACCCCUUGAUGUCACAAUUCCAUUGAAGACAUUAGCAUCAAAAGUCAUCAAGAAGAGCCAGAAACAUGAAAAGAAAUUUGGGAGAUCUGUGACUAAACCGAAAAUCCACCAACAUAAAGAAUUGCAAUCUGGGGUUGAGAAAAUGGAAGUCUAGCAAGAUGAUGAUAGGAAAGUUGAAGCAGUUUCGGCUUUCUUUAGAUCAUUGAUGAGUGCUUGGUCACAAAGUAACAUAGAGUCGUCUUUUACUAGGAGUAUGACUACGGAAGGCAUUAGAUACGUUUAGCCCAUUCUCUUGUGGGUGUUUAUCUGGAAAAUGAGAAUUUGUAAAGCUCAUGAUAACGGGGGUUGAAAUGAGAACGCAUGUAGUAUAUACUUGCAAAUUGUUUUCAGAGAGAGAAAUCUUGAAU